GACGGCGAGACACCUUUGCACCUCGCCGUAUGUCACUGCAAUACGAAGAAGUCCACCAAAUAUCGGCUAGACACCAUUCGGGUGCUGCUGGGAUUCGGAGCAGAUCCUUCUCUAAAGUGCACCCGGCCAACGGCCUAUGAUCUAACGAGCCCUGAGAAACGAUUGCCGGUCGGAAGUACUAUGCUUCACGCAGCAGGCCGACGGGGCCAGAAGGAUGUUUUCAAGCUG